AUGGGGUUAGACAAUUUCCCCGAAGAACUCAUAGAGAUAAUUCUGAUAUCGGUACAUGACGAGCAGACACUCCUACUCGCCCAGCGAGUCUGUCGACGCUGGGCUCGUUGCAUCCAAGACUCCCGGGUACUCCAGCAAGCCCUAUUCUUUGAGCCUAUACAAGCCAGCCUCCCAAAGACAACCAUCCCACGACGAAACCCCUUACUGGCAGUAAAGUUUCCAUACUGGUUUCCCGAUGCUUGGCAAACAUCCCGCGAUACUGCAUUCGGGGCUGGGGACAUGCAAGAAUUUCUAGACAAACACGCCACAUGGCUCCAUCCAAGCGCAAGUUGGCGCCGAAUGUUGAUUCAACAGCCCCCGGCAAUGUCGCUAGGCUGGGUAGACCGCCAAGAGAACCUUACCAACCAGAUCUCUCUGCGCCGAUGGGAAAUUUCGUUGAAAGAGUACGGUGGACUUCGUAUGAACAUGCUUUACGACCUGGUUGUCAGGUCUUCAAAUGAGGCGGCAGCGUUCUUUUACUGGAGGAUGUAUUGGUGCCAUCCUAACCUGGAAAGGUGGUCUAUCUGGUGUAUUCCGGAUAUCCAGAUGGACAGGGAACCCUACUAUCUCGAAGCGAUGAUGUCGGCCAAUGCGCAGACGGAUAUCGUGCUUGAUACGUGGAACUCGCCGUAUCUUGAAGCUCAUCUUUGGUCGCAAUUUGGUGAGGAUAGUUGGACGUGGGACUUGGUACGAGGACUUCAAUCGCCGAUGGGAGAUGUGAAUCUUGAUGUGGUCUAUGGGUUGAGAAAGCAAAAGGAGGUUCGGAGCUGGGAAGUGCGCGUGCAGAGCGUGAGAGUACGGAACGGGAUUGAAUACCCUUUUCCGGAUGACGAUGAUCUAGACCUGUGA